AUGGCCUCAAAGACGAUCGUCUCUUUUGGGCCUGGCGACUCUGGCAACCCGGCGAAUUUCUCAAAGGCUUUGAGGGCGUUUAUUCUUAUCACCGGCGCGGUGGAGGUCAUGAACAGUACUGUGGGAUCAUCCCUAACCGGUGGUGCUAUUAAGCCAAUUUCUCGAGAAUUCAAUAUCACAAACGAGCAGGUCCUCGUCUUGCCAAUAUCCGUUUAUCUUAUCGGCUACAUCGUGGGGCCUAUGCUAUGGGGCCCUAGCUCGGAGGCAUAUGGACGGAGGUAUCCAUUGUUGAUUGCCUUUGUGCUGUUUACUGUCUUUAUGAUGGCAUGUGCAUUGGCAAACUCAUACCCUUCUCUGUUGGUGUUUCGAUUGAUUGAUGGGAUGGCAGCUUCUGCACCGAUUUCUAUAGUUGGUGGCGUGUAUGCCGACCUCUAUACUGAUCCUACCGCUCGAGGGCGACUUAUGGCAUAUUACAUGGCUGCCACUACCGUCGGACCCAUAUUUGGACCCUUGGUUUCUGGCUUUGUUUCCGAGUAUAGUUGGAGAUGGGCCUUUUGGUUUGGACUUAUCUGUGCUGGUGUGACAUUGCCAAUGACCAUUCUCAUGCCCGAAACAUACAGGCCGAUUAUACUUCAGCGAAGAGCCAUCAAGCUACGCAAGGAGACCGGUAAUCCCAACAUCAUGUCACCGUUGGAUCUUAAAGGUCAAAGCCUGAAGCAAACACUAGCCGUCAACCUGAAACGGCCAUUCCAGAUGCUCUUUUACGAGGCCAUUACCUCUUGCUCGUGCUUUUAUCUCGCACUUGCCUUUGCCAUCUUCUACCUUUACUUCCAGGCAUAUCCCAUCAUCUUCCAGGGAAUUUAUGGUAUGGACUCGGGCUAUUCUGGGCUAUGUUUCUUGCCAAUCGGUAUUGGUGCUGUCAUCGCUUGCUUCAUAUUCGUAUGGUACGACGGCUACCUGGCCAGAGCCAAAGCCAGAAACGCCAAAUGGGCGUACAUUGAAGAAUACCGCCGUCUUCCUCUGGCGUGUAUCGGCGGGCCAUUAUACGUCCUGUCUCUCUUUUGGAUUGGCUGGACCGCAUCUCCUAAAAUCCACUGGGUGGUUCCUUUACUUUCUGGUAUCCCAUUUGGGACAGGCUACUUGCUGAUCUUCAUGGCUAUGAUCAAUUACGUUACUGAUGCCUAUGAAACGUAUUCCGCCAGUGCCUUGUCCGCAGCCACCUUCACCCGGAGUACGCUGGGGGCAGUAUUGCCACUGGCAGCCAAACCAAUGUUCGAUCGACUUGGGGUGCACUGGGCCUGCACACUCAUUGCCUUUUUGAGUAUGGGGGUCACAGUGAUCCCAUUCGUGUUCAUCCGCUACGGAGAUCGCAUCAGAUGCAACAGCCGAUUCUGCCAGGAACUCCAGGCCCUGAAGCUGAAGGAAUAUGGGGAACGGGAGAAACCUGCCCAUGAUACCCGGCCAGCCACUCCAGUUGUCCAGGUUGUUGAAACCGAACCAAAGGAUUUGGAGCAGGGUCGUUGA